ACACAAUGGAACACGCCAUCAAGGUGCUCCACCACGAUUUCCUCUUCCUCUUCCGCCUUUCAUUCCCCUCACCAUGAGGUCCAUAGCAGAGGCCGAGAAGUACUGGCACCGCCUCUCGCAGUACCACUCGCUCACCGACCUCAAAAUCUCCGUCUCCUCGCACAAGGAACCCCAAAUCACCGCGGGUCUACGCUCCGUAUGCUGGAAGAUCUUCCUCCUCUUCCAAAGCCUCGACCGCUCCACAUGGACGGCCAAACUGCUCGAAGCCCGCUCGACAUAUAGCUCGCUCCGGUCGCGCUACCUCCGCGCCAUCGAGCACCCGGACGAAUUCGACGUCUCGUCCGUGGAUCCGCUGAGCGAACAUGAAGAGUCCCCCUGGAACGCCCUCCGAGCCGACGAAGGCCUCCGUGCCGAAAUCUUCCAGGACAUCGAGCGGUGCAUGCCCGACAAUGUGUAUUUCCGGCAACCGGCGACGCAGCGCAUGAUGCUUGACGUGCUGUUUGUGUGGUGCAAGAUGCACCCCGAGAUUGGCUAUCGGCAGGGCAUGCACGAGAUUCUGGCGCCGCUGCUGUGGGUUGUCGAGAGGGAUGCUGUUGCCGAUGUUGACGAUGUGGUGGGAGAGGACAGCACGCUGCUGGCGACGUUGCUGGACGCGAGGUGCAUUGAGCAGGACUCGUACACGUUGUUUGCACUCAUCAUGAAGACUGCGAAGAGCUUCUAUGCACCUGCGCCGGCGCCUGCGGAGACGGGAGCGACAUCAUCGAAAGAUACGCCCAUGUUGACACGCAGUGCACGCAUCUUCGAUUCCUAUCUCCCCAAAGUGGACCCCGCAUUAUCAGCCCAUCUGAUCAGACUAGAGAUUGUGCCGCAAAUCUUCCUAUUACGAUGGAUCCGCCUCCUCUUCGGCCGCGAAUUCCCCCUCGACUCGGUCCUCGACAUGUGGGACGCCCUCUUCGCCAUCGACCCCACGCUCGAACUCGUCGACCUCAUCUCCGUCGCCAUGCUCCUCCGCAUCCGCUGGCGGCUCGUCGCGGCCGAUACCAACGAAGCCUUCUCGCUCCUGCUGCGGUAUCCCCCGCCCGACGCCGCGCCGGCCUACACGUUCAUCAAGGAUGCGCUGUAUCUACGGGAUAAUCUCUCUCCGGAGGGUGGUGUCGAGAUAAUCACGCGGUAUGGCGAGCGCGCACCGCUUCUUAUUCCACCUAGGACACCCGACAUCCGAUCGCCAUCUCCGGCGCUGGCUUUUGUGUCGAGCCGCACGCGACAUACGCUGGCUUCACCUCGAGGGUUUCCAACGGGUCAGCAAGGCGGAGGAGGAGGAGGAGGGUUAGAAUCCCUGCUUCAGAAUGCAGCGAGGGGGGUCAUAGAUCGGGGCUCGCAGUGGGCUGUCGGCAAAGCGAUCCGCGAUGCGGUGGGCGAUGUCAAGAGGAACAUGGAAGCGUAUCAAGCAAGUGGUAAUAGUAAUAUGUCGGGACGCAGCACACCGGCGGCUAGAUCGGGGGGUGGGCGGGAAUUCAGGAAACCUGCACGCGGCGGCGUUGUUGCCUCGGCAGCGGCGGGGGUGAUGAACGGGGGAGUGGGACAUGAUGCGUUGAUGAUGACGAUGGUGAGGAAGGUGGAGGCGCUGGAGGAGCGGAAUAAGAGUCUGGCGAAGAUGCUCGAGGGGGCAGUGGCGGAGAUGUGGGACUAUCAUAAGGGGCGGACGGACGGUGUAGGCAAGAGGAAUGAGAAGAAGGAUGAUGAGGAGGAGGAGCAUGAGAGAAAAGAGAUAGAAAAGCUGAGCCUCGCCAUUGCCAAGGUGCAGUUUGUGCAGGUGUAUCUGGAGGAUGCGACCAUUCCGCUGCCGGGGGAGGAGGAAAUACCAAACAACGAGGCGAAGACUACACCGGCCAUCGACACGCGGCCUGCGUUGUCGGAGAAGCGAACGGCGAGUGCGCCGCCAGCGCCGGUGCAGAGUCCGGGUAUCGAUAGGAAGUCGGGCCCGAAUAUGAAUACCAAUACCAGGGCAGCAACCCGGCCAUCGCAGACACCUGGCUCCAUCGAAACUUCACAGCAAGACAACGCUCGACUCUCCCCACCAGCAGCACCAUGGACUUCAAACUCCCAACCCGCACCUCCAUCCCUCCCCACCCGCGCCCCCCUCGCCUCGUCCUCCUUCUCCUGGAUGCUCGGCCAGGCAGGAGACGACAAGGAAACGGACACGGACAGGAACUCGCCCGCCGUCGUCGUCGACGCCGUCGGACCGAGAUCAGCAUUUGCGAAAGCGUCGGCGCAUUCGGCGUUGGCGGCGGACGAGAAGAGGAGGAGGAUGCGGAAAAGUAAAGGGUUCUUGUUUGGGGAGGAGGGGGAGGGUGAUGAGGAUGGGGAAGCGGAAGGGGAUGGGAAGGGAGGAGGAGGAGGAGGAGGAGGAGGAGGGAUUGGGAUUGGGAAAGGGGUGAGGGUGCGAACAAGGGCUAAGAGGGGGAGUGUAAGUGCGAUGCAUAUUGGAGGGCUUGGCGGGACCGACGAGGGGACCGUCGAGGAGGAGGUGAUUGAUUUGGAUGACGUGGGUGGGUCGAGGGGUGUCAUCUUAUUGUGA